UUUGUGGCGAUGAAAGAGAAAGACGGAGUAAUUUUUUAUGUUUAAUUUAUUGUGUGCUAAAGUAAAGAUAAAAAUAAACAAAAAGUGGUUUAAAAAGAAAGAGAAAAUAAGACGUAUGGAAUUCUGUAUUCUGGCAGUUCUGUUUAUCAGUCCAUAGAAGUUGACAUUAUUGUUUUUACUUACUUAUACGGAUUUUCAAAUAGUCUUCAUAUUUAUUCAGAAUCAACAAAACAUGCACCAACAAAACAUUUGUGAAGAUAAUCAGAACAGUUCAACAGAUGUUCACAACAUAUUCGCUGAAUUGUCGAAAAUAUUAAACAAUUUAGAAACAAAAUAUACGAACUUGGAAGAACAAUUUAAAAAAUCUUCAGAGGAAAACUUCUUGCUGAAGUUGAAAAAUUCAGCACUCCUGAUUAUAAAUGAAAAGAACAAAAACAUAGAAAUUGAAUUGAAACAAACUUCAAAAAAAUUAGAAGAGCAAACUGCGAAUUACAAUCGGCUACUGGAGGAAAAUUCAAAAAUAGCUGCAUUAAAUGAUGAAAUCAAUAACUUGAAAUUGAAAAGUACCCAGCUUUCAUUAGAAAAUGAUGAACUUAGAGAUAAAAAUGAAAAAGUUACGUUGGAAAACUCAUCACUGAAAAUGAAACAAGAUGAAACUGAUAAAACGACGGCGAUGCUCGAUCAGAAUGUAAGCACAGUGGAACAAAAACUGAAAUAUGUCACUGCAGAGUUGGAAAAAGAAAUGGCAGAAUGUACUCAAUUAAUUGCGGAGAAUCAGAAAUUUAAAUCUUUGAAUGAAGCAAAGGAAUCUAAAUCAGAACAUAUGAAGGAAAAUAUUAAAAUUGAACAACUUGAAGAACAUCUUGAUCGGGUGUCUUCAGAACUUGAAAGAGAAAUAGCAAAAAAUACCGCUCUUACACAAUACAACAAACAGUUGGAUGGCCUCAUUCGCGGAUUCAGGUCAAAAACUCAAUUAGAAAAAGUCACUUCAGGAUCAAUGGAAAGUUUGACAAAGUCCCAAGAACAAUUGAAUGAUCGCAAUAAUUAUAAAGUUCUGAUUAGAGAUAUUCCCACCGAUCAAAUACUAGAACCAGUGGAAAAUACUGUAAUAGUUUUGGCUUCCAAAAUGUCUAUGUGCAUAAAUCGCGAGGACCUAAUAAAAGUUCGUAUCAUGGAGCGCAAAGGUUUGAGGGAAUUUUCCCAAAAUGUCUCACUGUUGGUUGAAUUUAAAACCAGCGACACGAAAACAAAAUUUCUUUCAAGCCGCAGUAAACUGAAAUUAAAUUCAUCUACAAAAUUUAUUCAAUUAAAAGAAUUUGUUGAAAACGAAAUAUACUCCCUAUUCCUUUACGCCAACAAAAAACUUCGAGCUAAUGGAUUUAAUAGAAUUUGGUACAAAGAUGAUAAAGUUUUUGCUAAAAAAAAUGGUUCUGAUACCGAAACAAUAGAAAUUAAGUCCGAGAAUCAUGUAGAUGGACUAAUAAAACCCAAUUAACGAUCCCAGAGUUUGUUAACAAAUUCGGAGAAGAAAACUAUAUGAUAGUUUUAAGAAAAUAAAUAAUAUAAUUAUAUCAGGCAUUUUAAAAAUUUUCACCGGACGUAUGUAUAUAAAAAAACAAGUAAGAGAGCUAUAUUCGGCUGUGCCGAAUCUUAUAUACCCUUCACCAAAUUAUACUUAAAAUAAAAAUUUUAAAUAUUUUUAGGUAAACAAAAUUUAAAUUUUUUUUAAAGUUGUUUUUUUCGAAAUUGUUUUUAUAAUUUUUUUUUUAGUUUUUAAAUUUAAAAAAAAAAUUUUUACUUUUAAAAUUUUUUUUUUUAAUAUUUAGUGAAAAACAUUUUUGGUUAAAAAAAAAUUCGGGUUAAAAAUUUUUUUUCCGAUUUUGGCCCAUUGUAGGACCAACUUACUAUGGUAAGUUGUAUAUCCUAUAUAUAUUAAUGACUUAGUAAUCCAGAUAUUGGUUAAAACUUGAGGCUGUCCUGGUUUUUUCCUUAUAUCUCAGCCAUUUUGUGGAACGAUUUAAAUAAUUUUAAUUUUUUGGAAAAAAAAAUUUUUCGAAUUGUUUUUUUAAAUUUUUUUUUUCAAUUUUUUUUUUUAAUAUUUAGCGAAAAAAAAACUUUGGUCAAAAAUAGGCCAAAAAUUGAGGUUGUCCUGCUUUUUUCCUUAUAUCUCAGCCACUUGUGGACCGAUUUUCUCGAUUUUAAAUAGCAACCGAGUUAUUUGGGAGCUUCGGAAAGUUGAUUUACAAAUGGAUUGACAAACUUCUCACGAAGGUGAAGGGUAUAAAAAAAUGAUUCUAAAGUCUCGAUACUAUUUUAGCCAGAAAUUGUUCAUUAAAUAAAGUUCGAUGCAUUUUUUACAGGACUGAGUAAUUUAAAUUCUAAGAAAAACUUAGAGCCAGUUUUUGACUUCGUAUUUAAAUAUGAAUUAUAUUUAAGUUCUAUUUAAAUGCGAAAAUGAGUUUCUCAGUGCUUUUUUAAAUGAUACUUAAAUGGCCGACGUUGGUCAUUUAAAUUCUAUUUAAGUUUCAUAAACUACCAUAUGUUUUUGACAGCUGACUUUUGUUGUUUGGUUUUUUUCACUCUAUUGUAGUAAAAAAAAAACAAACAACAGCGUCUUGCAAAAACUACAAUUCCGAUGCGGGGCAAUUGGAGCUUCUUUUGUGCAUUUUCCUACCAAUAAUUUUAUUGUUUAAUAAACUUUUAUUUCUUAUUGGGCAAAAUGUAUCAAUUUUUGUUUUGGUUGAACAGCUGUUUUAAGCAAAACUAUCGAUAAAUUUUUGAUAUUUAGUAGUGCUACCAUACUUUUAUCUUAUUUAAAUAAGACAAAUUAUGUAGCACUGAAAAACUCAAACUGUAUUUAAAUACAACUUAAUUUUAAGUUAAAAUUAACUGAAUACGUAUUUAAAUAACAAGUCAAAAACUGGGCAUUAAACACUUAUCGAAUUUUCCAGCAAAAAGUCAAUUGUUCGAUUUUUCAAACAAUCGACUAUUGAACUCUAAAAUGUACACAGAAGCAGUGUGACCAAAAUAAUGCUAAAUGAAUUUUUAAAUGCCAAAAAUAAUUUAAAAAAAAUUUUUAAUAAUAUUAUGAAGAAAU